AUGCCAACUCUCUGGAAGCAGAUCGUGUUCUCCUUCGCUUCGAUACUCAGCAUCGGCUCUGUGGUGCUUCUGGUCGUGGCUCUGUCCACCGAGCGCUGGGUCACCGGGACCACGUUGUGCCAGACAGGAGUGGAUCUGGUGAACGCGUCACGGCCGGAGCUGGAGCAGUUCACUGGACACAUUUACUACGGCCUCUUCCAGGGGGGCAAAACACGCAGAUGCGGCCUCGGAAUCCGCCGCGCGAAAAUAUACAUUUUCCCAAAACUCAUCAAAAAAAUCAACAGUGGUCUUCACAUGAUCAUCAUCUUCUUCCUCUUCACUGCUAUUGGCUUUGCAGUAGUCAGUUUAGCUUUCUGUAUAUAUAAUGCCAGGAAAGUUCCUUACCAAUCCAUCAAAGGACCUUUUGGCCUCUACAUCUGGAAUUUCAUAGCAGCUCUGUUUAGUGCGAUGGGCUUUGCAUGCUUCCUUGCAGCAAUUCAGUGCCAUAAACUCACAGAACACGUGGCGAACUACAGCGAGAGCCUUUUUACCCUGGUGAUCCUUGAGGAGAAUCUUGGUUUUUCAUUUUGGUUGGUUGUUGCCAGCGCUGUAACACAUGGAGCGAACAUUCUGGUUGUGGCCUCCAGUAAAAUUCAUCUGCCUAAAAUACAGACUAAAAAACCAGAGGAACCCACAGCCACUGGAGAAGAUUUCCUCUACUGA